AUGAAACUAUUAAUUUCAUUAAUAUUAAUUUUAACAAUUUCAUUUAUUAAUAAUUGUAAUUCUAUUUUAGUAACUGAAAAUGAAUUUUACCAAAAAAAAAAGGAAUCAAAUAAAAAUAUUUGUUUCCCAAAUGGUGAUCCUAAUAUCAAUGGUUUUAAUACAAUAGUAAGAGGUGUUAGUUAUAAUUCAAAUUAUCCAUCACCAAAUGGUUUUGGUGAAAAUCAAAAUUCAUAUUAUACAGAAAACCCGAUGGAUGUUGAUUUCUUAAACCAAAGAUUCUCAGUUGAUUUCUCUCUUCAAUCAGAAACUGGAAGUGUUUUUGGUAAAUUUUUGGCAUUCACUCAAAAUAAAACUGAAUAUUAUAUUAUUAGCAGAGGAGAAAUAGGUAAUGCAACUUGUUAUAUAUCUAAAAUGGAUUACGAAAUUAAAUCAUUAUUAAAGUUAUCAUUUGCAUCAGAUACUACACUUGGUCAAGUACCAUGUGAAUUUUAUUCUAUUGAUUCCCCACUAAAACAAAAUGAUACAUUUGAAUUGGUUUUUGUUGACAAAAAUCAUUGUUCAUUGAUGGCCUCAAUUUCAACAAUUGAAGCUUUAAACGAAGGUGAAUCAAUGGCAAUUUAUAUGAAUUAUGUGCCAUACUCAAAACCAGAUUUCUAUCAAUUACCAACUGAAUGUGAAAAUCCAACUCCGAUUGAUCAAAUUUUCAGACCAAAAUUAUUAAAUCUAUUCGCUAAAUACUAA